AUGGCUGCUACGGCGUUGGUGACGUUUACUGAUCCGGGGAAGGUUACGGCGUUGAAUGCUGAACAUGCUUCGGUGGUGUUUCGUACGAAUGGGCUUAUAUUCUUUGAGAAACACUGCUAUACAUGUAACUUACCCAAACCUGCUAGAUCUAAACACUGCAGCACUUGCAAUAAGUGUGUGCUUUUAUAUGACCAUCACUGCUUGUGGGUGAAUAAUUGCAUAGGGCUUCGGAACUACCGCUGGUUCAUAGCGUACUUGGCGCUGAAUAUGAACUUGAUGGCAUACGGUGGGGUGCUUUGUUAUAAGCAGCUACGUCACCAGAAACAAUUACACUACUUAGAGUGGGGAUGGUGGAAAUUCAUCACCAGCUCUACGGAAAACAAUCGCAUUUCGGGCAUUUUGGCGAUUCUAACGGCCAUUUUCGUGCCCAUCACUUCAUUCUUUACUAUAUUGCACAUCAGGUACAUGUACUUGGGUGUCACCACCAACGAGGCCGAUAAAUGGGGUGACAUUGAACAUUUGGUUCGUCUAGGUGCGUUGUACUAUGUUGACGAACUACAACAGUACGCUGAACAGGCAACCAUGAGAGACACUGACGGCUCGUUCACUAGAGCAUACCUUAAUCUCGAAGACGACUCGAUAUUCUUCACCGCUGACGAGGAACAGAAAUAUACUCUAAGGAAGAUCUCUCUGAUGGAGGACGACUUGAUCAACAUAUACGAUAAAGGUUUCUGGAACAAUGUCCAAGAAAGAGUCAUCCACGUUCCCCAGAUCAGCAACAUAUGA